CUUAUUAACUCAUCCCCGUCCUUUUUGUAUCGAUCGUUCCAACCCCAAUAAAAAGGCAGACCGCAACGCGGAAGCCGGUAACAUCCAAUCCACACUCAAAUUGAUCCACUUCACUUGCGACAAUCUCCGAUCGCGUUAGAACACAGAGAUCCAUCCAAUUCCUAACUGCCUUGGGAUUUCAUCUUCCACUAUCGAUCGUCUUUUGUUUUCUCAUCAAUGAGUUGCGCUCAAGGAGAGAGAUGGUUGCCCCAAAUUUGCGCCUUCCUGUCCCAGAUCAUGGCCGGCGAUGGCCGAUCAUCUCAGUCUACUCUUCAUCUUAGCAUCUCGAGCAAGGACUCACUCCCAUUUCAGCCCCAGCCGCCAUUCACUGCAACAGCAUCCUCCACUGGCGGCCGGAUAAGCCCCGCCGUCCUCUUCACCGUCAUCGUCGUCGCUCUUAUCUUGCUGGUAUCGGGCGUCGUCCAUGUCCUCCUCAGGUGCUUCAUCAAAAAGCCCCUUUUCUCCUCUUCUGCUUCCGUCACCACCGCGUCCGCCUCCCCCCACCUCCACCCGGUCGGCUCCGGCUCGCUCCAGAGACAGCUGCGCCAGCUUUUCCGCCUCCAUGACUCCGGCCUCGACCAGACCUUCAUCGACACGCUGCCUCUCUUCCUCUACCGGGAGAUCCUCGGCUCCAAGGAGCCCUUCGACUGCGCCGUCUGCCUCUGCGAGUUCGAAGCCGACCACAAGCUCCGGCUUUUGCCGAUCUGCGGCCACGCCUUCCACCUCACCUGCAUUGACACAUGGCUGCUCUCCAACUCCACUUGCCCGCUCUGCCGGGGGGCAAUAUUCUCCCAAGGGCUCAGCGUCGCGAACCCAAUGUUUGAUCUUGACGACUCUAGAGAGUCGGAAGAGGAGAUUGGCUCAGAGAAGAGAAUGCUCCCUGUGAGGCUUGGGAAGUUCAAGAACUUAAGCAACGAUGACAAUGUUAGCAAUCUCAGCGAUGGUAGUGAUAUUGAAGUUGGCAGUAACCCUAGAAGACAUAUAGGGGAAACUAGUAGUAGCAAUUUGGAUGCAAGGAGGUGCUUCUCCAUGGGCUACUACCAGUAUGUGCUUGCUGAUUCCAAUCUCCAAGUGGUUCUUGCUACUAAUGAGGGGAGGAGGUUGGGAUUGGGAAGCAAGGAUGAGAGCUUUUCUGUGUCAAAGAUUUGGCAGUGGUCCGAUAAGAAGGGCAAGUUACCAGUUUGGUCAGAUGCUGCAUCUUUAGAGGGUUUUUUUGCCAUGGACUGAAUCAACAGUGGAAGUUGUAUGAAAAUUUCGCUGCAUUAGAUUUGAAACUACAAGCAUGAUUUUGAAAUGGUGGAAUCUAGCAAGUGGUGUCUGACGCAAGUUCUUUGUUGCAACUAUGGUGUUAACUUAACCACUUGAUGACUGUGCUUUUGCUCCUAUAUUCGUCUCAACAUAUUGGUAAGCUUAUUCUGAGUAAGGCUCAGUUAAACUGGUGGUUCACAUACCUAAGCUGGUAUCACGCAAUUUGAGUCCAGUUCUUGAAACAUAGUUUGGUCUCUCAAAUGUUGUGCACUUUACCACUAAAGGACCAUCAGGAUGUGAGAAUUAAAACCUGUUGGCUGUUGCUGCUUCAGAUUUGACAGGUGGUUUCAGGGUAAGAUUCAAAUUGUUAUUAAUUCUCUGUUCUUGUCAUUUCAGUCUCUUUAAUACACUCCUUUUCCAUUUUAUAUCUCCAACUUUAAACUUUUCCAGUUCAUUUUCCUUGCUCUUUAAGCUUUCUCCAAGUCUUCAAUGAUUCCUUAAUCUUUUUUUUCGAAUUAGUUAUCUUAUCUUCCAAGCCAUUAAUGCUUAAAAGUUGGUCUUUUAUGCUAAAGUUGAUGAUUGCUGUUAAGUAUAAAGAAAUUUAGUAACUCUGCCUUCAAACUCAAGUGUUAUG